AUGGCAUCAUUAGCUCGUUUCUCAUUGACAUCAUCAUCGGCCUUAUGCCGUUUAUUAAUGAAUCGUAAUGCAGGUCUUAUUCAACAACAUUUACCUUCAAUGAUUAUUCCGUCCGCUGCACAACCACGAUCGAUUGCUACUACACCUAUUCGUCGUGAUAUUGAUUCAGCAGCUAAAUAUAUUGGAGCUGGUGCUGCUACUGUUGGUGUAGCUGGUGCUGGUGCUGGUAUUGGUACGGUAUUUGGUUCACUUGUCGUCGCCUAUGCAAGAAAUCCAAGUUUAAAACAACAACUCUUCUCUUAUGCCAUUUUGGGAUUUGCUUUGUCCGAGGCUAUGGGUCUUUUCUGUCUGAUGAUGGCUUUUAUGUUACUUUUUGCCUUCUAG